AUGAAACGGCGGCAGAAGAGGAAACACCUGGAAAAUGAAGAGUCCCAGGAAUCUUCUGAGAAGGGAGGAGGGAUCUCGAAGCCACAGGAGGAUGCCCCGCAGCCUGUACCCACGGGAGGGGACAAAGUCUGGAAUCGGGAGGCAGCAGAGGUCUCUUCUGCCUCUGAGUACUUCUCCUGUGUUUCUUCUCCACGCAAGCUCAUCCAUGCUGGUGAGGGAACCCGGAGGUCACCACGAGACAGUCCCCAGCCUAGAUCGCCCCUAGCCCAGGUUGAGGAACAAGGGGAGACUGCUCUCCCCACACAGCCCAUGUCCUUCUCGUCCCAUUCAUCCUACAAGACCUGCGUGUCCUCUCUGUGUAUAAACAAAGAGAGGAGGGGUAUGAAAAUUUACUACAUGCAGGUACAAAUGAAGAAAGGGGUGGCUGUCUCCUGGGAGACAGAGGACAGCUCGGAGUCCCUAGAAAAGCAGCUGCGGAUGGAAGAAGUGACCCUUCUCGAGGACGUGCGGGUAGGGACUCCCCCGUCGGAUGUGUCCACCAGAAACCUGCUGUCUGACAGCGAGCCCAGCGGGGAGGAGAAGGAACAAGAGGAAAGAGCCGAUUCGGACAGCCCGCCCGGCUCGCCCACUGCCGAGGAGAGGCCCCGGGCCAAGACGCCCGACUGGCUGGUGACCAUGGAGAAGGGCUUCCGGUGCAUGGCCUGCUGCCGGGUCUUCGCCACCAUGGAAAUCCUCCAAGAGCACGUGCAGUCUGGGGUCAGGGAGGGCUUCAGCUGCCACGUCUUCCACCUCACCAUGUCGCAGCUGGCAGGCCAUGUGGAAUCGGACAGCGCCCAGGAGGAGGAGGAAGAGGAAGAGGAGGAGGAGGAAGAGGAGCAAGACAAGCCGGAGGAAAAGGAGAACGAGGAGGAGCAGCCCACGGGCAAAGACCUUGACCUGAGGAGACCUUGGAGCCAGUGUCCGGGCUGCGUGUUCCAUUCUCCCAAGGACAGGAAAAAGUCCAGACGCUUUCUGGGGCUGGCAAGCUCUUUUCCCCGUAACCUGAGAAGUAUCUUCUCUGCUUUGGUUUCUGCACAGCAACUGAAAUUCAUGGGCCAGAGAUCCUGGAAGAUCAUGUGGCCUUCUCUUGGGAGAGGGAGAAGAACGGACCAUGGAGAAAGCAGCAGGCAGAAUGCCAAUGGUAAGAAGGAGGAAGAAGGGAUCAGCCCUCAGUCCAGGCCAGACCUUCCUGAAAUGUGUGAAAGCACUGUUUCCAUGAACGUGAGACUUGUCCAGUGUCCAGGAGGCAGUUCUGUGUCUUACAGGGAGCGCCUCCAGUCUGUCCGCAUCACGUUCAGUGUCUGA